AUGGAAAUCACGGGAAGAAAUAGUUUAUCAGGUCCGGAUCAGAAGUUGGGAUUUGAUAAGUCGAAAGUAACGUGUUUCAAGUGUAAAGAACGAGGUCACUUUAAACGUGAGUGUCCAAACCGUGAAGUCAACAAUCACCAAAACCCGUUCACCAAUGAUUACUAUCGACAGGCAAUCUACCAUCGACCGAACCAACAGCAAACUGUUCAAAGGCCACAGAUAGAAAACAAACCUGAAAAGGCAUUGAUUGUGAACCAAGAUGAUGAACAGGUAGCUGCAGUUGUUUCUGAAGUUGUUGAGGAGAUUCCUACGGAAAAUGUUAUAGAUGUUGAGGAGAUAGCAGCUGAAGUAUACUACUAUCAAUCACAACAGGAGGAGUUAGUUUAUACUAUGAAAUCAGUUAUGCCUCCUAAUGUGUUUAAUUCUUUUGCAGGUUAUUUCGAGGAGCCAAGAACCGGAUCUUGUCCUAGAUUUGAGGAGAAGAAAGAAGCCAUCGAAGAAGUGAUUGACAUGUCUAAAGAGAUGACCGGAGAAGUUCUGAAAGACAUUGCGGACAAAGCUCUAAUGGGAAAGCUUAAAGAGGUAGAUUCAGAACCCAAGGAGUCACAGUCUGUCGAUAAGGUGUCAGUUAACAGAGAGGAAUCUGGAGUUCAAGAGGUCAAAUCUGUCAAACAGUCUGUGUCUGAGUCAAAGCAUGUCGGUAAAACUGAUUGUGAUGAAAAGAUUGAUGAAAAAGUUGUUCCAAUCUACGAAACGCCAUGCCAACGUUGUUUACAACCAUGCGUGGAGUGUCUUGAAAAGGACACUAAGUAUCGGGAAUUGAAACAUCAUACAUAUAUGAUUAAGUUUGAUCUUGAACAAUUAAAAGAAGCUUAUGAUACCUUAGCCAGAUCAAUUAAGAUGAUUCAAAAAGAAAGCGUCGAAAAUGAUAAAGCUACUAAAUUGGCACAAGCUACACUGUUUGAUAAACAAAGAGAAGUCAAUUAUCAUCUUGAUACAAUUGCGUCACUAAGAAAAGAACUUGAAUUGGCCAAGAUAGAGAAUGACAGGAUUGAUAAAAACAUUGAUAUCACUUUCACUGCAUCUAACACUGAUAACGAAUCUCAGGUUAUCAAAAAUGUUAUCGAUCAGGUGCUGGAUGAUGAAAGUGAGAAAUCUGAGAAGGCUCAUUCUGAGAAGGCUGUCAGUGAUUCUGAAGACGAAGGAAAUUUCUUAGAUCGAUAUAAUGUCAAGAUCGAAAAUGUCGAGAAAGUGUUUAAACUGGUUGAAUUGAAUGUUAACGAAAUCAAUAACAAUGAAUUCUUUUCGAAACUGAAAAAAUCGUUUGGUACUUCACGUCCCACAAGUUCGGAAAAGAAAGAUGGGUCUUGGAUCGCGAAAUCGAAACCGUCGGUUGAGAUCAAGAAGAUGGAGAACGCUUUGAAAAAUGAUUCAAAUCUUUUUAAAGAUGAUGUGGUUGAUUUUGAAAAUGAAGUAGAUAAGUUUCUUGAUGAAUUUCCUCCAAUUACUACCAAAGUUAAAACAAUUGUAAAAGAAGAGGUUCCAAAUAUCACUUUUGAUUUUCCAAAAACAAAUGAAAAUCGUAAUGUUGUGUUCGGGAGUGUGUCGGAAGUAAAGAAAUCAUGGGCCUCAUUAUUUGAAUAA